GAAAAUAUUUAAAUAUAUACUUUAACAAAGAUUAUUUUGCAAAACAGACAUGGUUAUCCCACCUCCAGUCAGGCCUCCCAGGGUUAUAAAUUUUCUCAAACCUUAUGUUCUGAAGAUGCAUUUUACCAAUAAGUAUGUGAGUGCCCAGGUGAUUCAUACCCCAACUGCUACUGUGUCCUCUUCUGCAAGCUCACAAGAGAAAGCCUUGAGAUCAAGCUUGGAAACUACACGGGACGUGGCUGCAGCUGCAAAGAUUGGGAAGAUACUAGCAGAACGCCUUUUGGUUAAGGACAUACCUGCUGUUAGUGUUCACUUGAAGAGAGAGCAGAAGUAUCAUGGUAAGGUUAAAGCAGUGAUUGAUUCUCUCAGGGAAGCUGGCGUUAAGCUGCUUUGAGUUAUGAUUGUGUGUUUAUU